AUGUCGAGUGUAAAAGAAACGGCCAGUAAAAAGAUCCUUCCACACAUUGAUCCUGGUAGUCUAGAUUAUAUUAUAUAUCAUAAAAAUUGUCCUGACGGAUUUGGAGCAGCUUACUCGGCAUGGAAAAAACUCGGAACCAAAGCAACAUAUCAUGCCGCAGUACAUAAUGAACCACCGCCGUCUGAUUUGAACGAUAAACAUGUAGGGAUUUUUGAUUUCACUUACUCAAGAUCUAUUAUUAAAGAAUUGGAAAAAAAAGCAAAACUGGUGGUUAUUGUUGAUCAUCAUUUGUCAGCAAAGCUGGAUUUUUUUCCAGCAUCAUCAUCAUCGAUUAGUGAUAAAGAUGAAAAAAAAAGCAAUUAUCAUUUUGAUAUGGAUAAAAGUGGUGCUAGAUUAGCUUGGGAAUUUUUUUGGCCUGAUAAACCUGUUCCAUCAAUGAUUAAAUAUAUUGAGGAUAAGGAUUUAUUUAGAUUUUUGUUGCCUAAAUCUAGGGAAUUUUCAACUUAUUGGGAAGUAAUUCCACUAGAAUUUGAAGAAUAUAACAAGUUUGUUGAAGACGAGAGUUUAAUAAAAAACAUCCAAGAAAUUGGUGCACAUAUUUUAAAGUAUCGUGAUUCUAAAGUAACAUAUUUGCUAAAAAAUGUUUCAUACAAACGUAAAAUGACGUUAAGCUUGAAAGAAGCCGGGAAGGAUAAUAAUAUCAUACCUAAAACAUAUAGUGUAUCAGUGAUUAAUUCAUCUAUGUGGCAAUCAGAAUUAGGAAAUAAUUUAAUGAAAUCUAAUUUUAAUAACAAUGACAAAAAAGAAAAAAGUAAAGAGAAGGUAGAAGAAUGUGAUUUUAGUAUGAUUUGGUAUUAUGAUGGUAAUGAUAAACAAUAUAAUAUUAGUUUAAGAAACCAAGCAAACGCAAAAAUCACUAGUGAAAGAUCUAAUAGUAAUUACAUUAUUAAUAUGGAAUUUGUAGAAGGCAAAACAAUUAAAGACAUAAUAAUAUCAUUAGAUCCAACGAAUAAUCAGCACAAAGGAGAAUCAUUGGCAAAAAUGCAUUUGAUUGAUGUUAUCCACGGAGAUUUAACCACUUCAAAUCUGAUGUUAAGAGAAAAUUCUGAAGGAUUAGCAAUAAUUGAUUUUGGAUUAAGUUAUGUUUCAAAUUUGCCUGAAGAUAAAGCUGUUGAUUUAUAUGUAUUAGAAAAAUCAUUUCAAAGUACUCAUCCUACUCAUGAAUUAAUGUUUAAUGAAAUUUUAAAAGUUUAUGAGAAAAACCACAAAAAUUCUAAAGAAAUUUUAAAUAAAUUGAUGGAAGUAAGAUUAAGAGGACGUAAAAGAAGCAUGAUUGGUUAA